AUGGCAGGAGUGAACGGGGAUCGCAAAGGAAAGAAAGACGACAAUGGGCUUGGCACAGCGAUCGACUUUGUGCUCUCUAAUGCAAAGCUGGUACUGGGAGUCGGGGGAGCAGCAAUGCUCGGGAUCGCCACACUGGCUGUCAAAAGAAUGUACGACCGAGCACUCAGUGCCCCAUCCAGUCCCACUAAAGCUGACCCGUCAGGACGAAGAAGCUGGGAGGAACCAAGCUGGCUGGGGUCGUCACCACGGACGCUGAACCACGACAUGAAACAGAACAUCAGCCGCUCUCUACAGACGCUCCCCACCUCCUCCAGCUCCUUCAGGCCAGAUUCUUUACAUCGUAGUUUGGCUCGUGGUGGUGGCCGCACUGGUAAGGCUGAACUCCAGAAGGCACGUAUGCGCCUCUCACUGCAGGAGCACCUGUGGGCCUUCUUUCAUGAGCGAGUGGCGAUUCCCUCGGAGGAACAAGCUGUCGCUCGCCGUGCCGCAUUGGAUAUCUGUGCAGAGCUCAGAGUGUUUCUCCACGCCAAACUGCCUGAUAUGCCCCUACGAGAAAUGUACCUGAGCGGAAGUCUGUACGACGACCUUCAGGUGGUGACUGCUGACCAUGCCCAGCUGAUGGUCCCCAUGAUCCUUGAGAAGAAUCUCUGGUCAUCCAUUCCUGGUGAGGACACCAUCAUGAACCUUCCUGGAUUCUGGCUGGUUCGUCGGGAAAACCUUGAGUACUUCCCGCGUGGAAGCAGCUACUGGGACCGUUGCAUGGUGGGUGGCUACCUUUCCCCAAAGAGCGUCCUAGAAGUUUUCGAGAAGCUCGUCGCCGGCUCCAUCAACUGGCCCGCCAUCGGUAGCGUUUUAGAUUACGUCAUCCGACCCGUGGUCCCAUCGGAAACACUUACGCUGGAAGUGCAAUACGAAACAGACCGUCGCCUUUACGUGGACUUCCUCCCGCUGCUUGUUAUGGAAGACGGCGUCUCACUAAUCGCCAAACCACACCGCUUAGCCGCCGAACGCCAUGAGAACCUGUGGCGGCAGAGCUUUCGCGUGGCGGAAACGGCAAAGCUACGUGCGCUCGAUCAGGAAGACUCCGGGUGCCGCUACGCGUGUCUUAAAGUCAUUAAAGCCGUGUGUAAACUGAAUCCAGCGCUGGCACGUUUAAACGCAAGCCAGCUCACUAAUGCAAUCCUUCUCCUGAGCGAACAGGAGGGCGAUUGGACUCAGGAAGCGCUCGCUGAUCGUUUCACGCAGCUGCUUCGUGCACUAGUGGGACACCUAGAGGCUGGGAGGCUACCCUGCAUCUUCAAUCUCAAAGUCAAUCUGUUCUGUGAGCUAACGCCACAGGAAAUAGACGAACUCGGAUACACACUCUACUGCGCGUUGUCCGACCCAGAGAGCCUUUUGAGAACUGUUUAACAAACACGCAUGCACAUGCAACCAUUUUUUGAGUUGAGCUCAUACACAAACCAAAAUAAUGGCAACGUUUUCAUACGUGUCUUGUUCUGAGUAGAUCAGCAAGCUGUUUUUCACACACUCAUAUUUAUGUCAGUACCAUCAUCAGUUAUUUUCAGGUACUACAACCUCAUCUGUUGGUCAUAUUUUAUAUGGCCCGUCUUAUAUCAUUUCAGUGUUUUUGACUACAAAUGCACAGUGAAGUGUCAUGAUGAUUAUAUAUUUAUCUAGUGGUGAAUCAGAUUCGAACUUCAGUGAUAUUUUUAGAGCUGCAAAACGAUUAAUUGUGAUUAAUCGAUUCAAAAUAAAAGUUUGUUUACAUACUAAAGGUGUGUGUACUGUGUAUAUUUAUUAUAUGUAUAUAUAAAUACACACACAUGUAAGGAAAAAUAUGUUCGAUUUAUAUGUAUAAUAUACUUAUAUAUAUAUAAUAUGAAUAAUACAAGUAUUUACAUACAGAUAUUGUAAAAAUAUUUACAUAUGUGUGUGUAUUAUUUAUAUAUAGAUAUAUAGAUAUUAUAUAUAUAUAUAUAUAUAUAUAUAUGUAUAUGUAUAUACACACACAAACUUUUAUUUUGAAUCGAAUAAUCAUGACUAAUUGUUUUGCAGCUGUAGAUAUUUUAUAAAUUCAACCACCAUUGUCUUUUAUGUGUUUCUGCUGUUACUCAAAAAGCGAUGAUUUUUGGUAAUUUGACGUUACAUUUGAUCUAUGAAAUUCAUGAUUUUAUGCAUCCCAAUUAUUUGUUACGUGGAACUUUGUUCAGUAUUUUCUCAGAUUUUGCAUUUAUCAAAAUACUUUCAUCAGAGUGAAUUUAGAAAAAUAUGAUAUGGGGAGCUGUUUUAGAUGAAUCAAAUGGCAGGUUCUCUAAACUAACUUUCAGUUACUAAAUGUCCAGUGACACUUAAUGCAUAAUUGAAUUAAUUUAUUAAACAAACUAAAAUAUGGAUGAAAUAUCAAGUUAUUGGAGGGCAUGGAAAAUUAAAGGGAUAGUUCACCCCAAAAUGAAAAUUGUGUCAUUAAUUACUCACCCUCAUGUUGUUCCAAACCUGUAAGACUUCAUAACACAAAUUAAGAUAUUUUUGAUGAAAUCUGAUAUUUCUGACUCUGCAUAGACAGCAAAGCAACUGACACUUUCAAGGUCCUUAAGAGUAGUAAGGACUUAGUUAAAAUAGUCCAUAUGACAUCAGUUUCAGAAGAAAUUGAGUAAAGUCGUUAUUUUUAUUUUCUUCGUGCACAAAAACUAUUCUUGUUAAACCACGGUUUAACCACAGCUGUCACAUGGACUAUUUUAAUGAUGUCCUUACUACCUUUCUGGGUCUUGAAUGUGUCAGAUGUGUUGCUGUCUGUGCAGGGUCAGAAAGCUCUUGGAUUUCAUCAAAAAUAUCUUCAUUUGUGUUCUGAAGAUGAACGAAGGUCUUACGGGUUUUGAACAACACAAUGGUGAGUAAUUAAUGACAGAAUUGACAUUUUUGGAUGAACUGUCCCUUUAAAACAGAGUAAAGAUGCCCAAAGUAUCGUCUGUCUGUUAUUCAAAAUCAAUUAACGAAGUUUAAAAAAAGAUCAUGUUUAUUUGAUCAUGAACUUCUCCCCCAUAUUUCCAUCUUUUUUGUUAGUUUGUGCCAUUAAAAUAUGCAAAUUCCUAUAAUGCAAGCAGUGCUACUGGAGUAUUGUUAUGUUAGGAUUUUUAUUUGUUGAUAAUGUCACAUACAUUGCUUAUGUAGUUUAAAAUUCACACAGAAAUGUUGGGUUUAAUGGAUAUGGUGUUAUUUAAAUGGUCGACACGGGUUAUUACCACACUGCUGAAACCAGAUGAAGAUAAAUACCUGAAGUGAUAAUUAAAACACAUCUUUAAGCAUCUUUGGACUGGCUAAACAAAGAGCAGGUGUGAUUUGUAUUGUACUAAAGCUGCCUAAUAAACCAAGGAAACCCAUGCAGACCUCCCUAAAUCUAUAGAAUAAUUUAAAAACACUGUUUAAUUUUUUGAGGAGGAAAGUUUGAAUGGAGCCUAAAAAAAACUUCAUAGAGACAUUUUAGUAUUUUUGUAUCGAUUGUACAGAUGUAACCAAAAACCAGUGUGAAACUAUUUAUGUAUAUCUUAUGAUCAUACUUUGUGCUUGGAGAGUGAUGUUUGUUAGAACAAAAUAUACAAUAGGCUACGUCUCUGCUGUGAAAUGCCAAAACUCACAGGAGAUCUUGUGUUUUUUUUAUGUAUUGAAGCAUUUCUUUUGCUUGCGUAACCAGAACACCUGUGUCUACCUGUGUGAUGUAGCAGAAACACAUUUACCUAGCGAAUGAUAUGAAAGGGCAGCACCGAAUCCAAAAGUAGAUCUGCUCGUGGAGUUCAACCUGGCCUAGUACUUUGCAUGUGAUGCUUGUGUACUUGUUUCUUCAUUUCCUGGUGGUUAGUAUUUUUAUCAAACAGCACUUUGUAUCAUUUGUUCUGUAAGAGUGUUCUGUGCCUCGGGUCUUUGUGCUGCAAUACAGAGCAAAGGAUGAAAAUAAAGUCGAAUGGAGUGAAACUGUA